AGACAAGAAACUGGAGAUCAGUAGGUUGAAUCAGCGGUAAGUCCACCUGUGACAGCUUUGUAUGUACAUAGGCUUUGCACUAAUAAACCCUGGAAGACGGGGAAGGCUUACGCAACACGAGGCACACACACCAUCACGUGACCCACACACACCAUCACAUGAACUUUUUAUCACCCUUAUCAUCGCGUAUAUAGGUGGGCAACUGGAAGAGAAGGGUAUCAGUUGGACUGCCACAAACAAUCCUUCCAUCACGUACAGUCGAGUGCCGUCGUCGUUCAAGAUGACAAUCUAAAUACAGAAAUUUUUGUUACCAAUGUCGAUAACGUCGCUCCAUCUUGAUUAUUUCCCGAUUUCGGCAAAGAUCGAAAAGAGGGAAACAAAAAGAAUAAUAACAGUAUGCAAUCAUCACCCUGUUUCGGAAUAUCACCAGGAAGACAUUUUAUAUCAGGCUCAAGAAAGGACAGCACAGGAACCCAAAAGGUUAAUAUCAAUGCGUUAAUAUUAACACAUCAGCGUGAUAUGAACUAUGAGUCGAAUCGUUUACGCACAUUCGAAGAAGAUUGGCUAAUCCGCCAUAUUUUACCGGAAAUGCUAGCCCGAUACGGAUUUUAUUACAUUGGCAGUCGUGAUAAUGUGAAGUGCCAUUUCUGUAGCAUUAAGCUUGGUGCCUGGGAAGAGGGUGAUGAAGUAAUAACGGAACACCUACGCUGGUCCCCGUAUUGUCCGCUGAUGCGAAAACUACCGACACAAAAUGUUCCGCUCGAUCCACAAUUCCUCGACAGUGUCCCGGACCCCUCACCAGAUGUGACUAGUUACCAUAGCGGUCAUGUGAGCAACUCUGCGAGACAAUACGACAGUGUGCCAUUGUGCCGUCCCGCUUAUCCGCAAUAUGCCCUCGAGUCCGAGCGUAUGAGAUCUUUAGCGGAAUGGCCAACGGCAAUGCCUCAGAAACCUCUGCAGCUCAGUGGUGCGGGCUUCUUCUACACCGGUCGGGGUGAUGCGGUACGGUGCUACUACUGUGGUGGAGGACUGAUGCACUGGGAGCCAGACGAUGAUCCUUGGGAACAGCACGUCAUGUGGUACAGUAAUUGUAUAUAUGUGCGGCAAAUGAAAGAUCGGUCCUUCAUCGAACGGUGCUUAGCAAAAAAGGAAGGCAGAAACCAGAAGGAAGAAGACGUCCCAAAGGCAUCGACAUCCUCCGUAUCGACAGCAUCACGAGUAGCAGAAACAGAAGCAUCGGAUGAAACGAUGUGUAAAAUUUGUUUCGAAAAAGAGUAUAGAACUGCUUUAAUACCUUGUGGACACGUGACCUGUGCUGAUUGUUGUUUGAAGUUUGAUAAAUGCCCCAUGUGUCAAUCACCGAUCCAAACCAUGCAGAAGCUGUAUUUGACAUAGAGAGGCACUAUUGGUAUUAGUGAUUUCUAUGCCAUUUCAAUGGCAUACAUUUUUCCAAAUUCCAAAUUCGCCAAGUCCACUUGUGACGGCUAUGUUCAUAAUCUUUGCACUAAGUAAGCCUACAGGAUUUUUCUAGUUAGACUCGAAACCCUGGAAGACGGGGAAGGCUUACACAACACGAGGCACACACACCAUCACAUGACCCACACACACACUAUCCAAUGGCAUACAUUUUUCCAAAUUCGUUGAAAUUUUUUUUCGGUAAAAGACUGAAAUAGACCCCCAACGGAGUCGCCGAAAAAUUUACGUGGUACGGCUGCAUCUAUCGAUAUAAGGCACGGCUAUGUCGAUUCUAACCUUAUCCGAUAAAAUCACUCUAUGAUGUGGCCAGUUAAGAACUCUGCUCGGUAAGAGCCAUCCGCAGCAAGUGCUCAGCUAAGCAAUGCCCAUGUAUAUCGGAAUCUUGUUCCUGCUGUCAACUUUUAAACGAUUGUUGUUUCGCUUUCGUUUUCGGCUACGUGGUUCGGCAUCCUAUACAUCGAUCUUAUCUUAUCAUAGUCCUUGGAAUUGCGGCUGGUUUUAACCUAUGUCUUGGCGAUAGGAACAACCAGUCAUCACUCGUGCGCACACUAACGAUGUUUAACUUGAUCGAGCGUGAAAAUGUUCAUCAAGACCGCUGAAUUAUCGAGCGAACGGACAUAUAGUCCGUUCGCAUGAUAAGUUAUUUUGUAAAAGUGAAUUGUUGCCUAACAAGUAUUACAAUCACUUUAAUUUAAGAAAUAUCGAUUCAUUUUCCCCGGUGCUGUCAUACUCUGCUGUGCAACAUAUUCCGCAAUUCCUGUGGACUAUCGUGUCCACCUUUGUGCUAUUGUGAACCUUCGAGAAAGCAGCAACUCUCAACAGUGGCGCCACCAGUUUCUACAAUCGGAGCGCUGGCUCAUCCAAUGUUUUUACGACACUUUAUACGGGACAGUUUAAAGAACAUUCUGCAACCAACAAGGCAUCGACAGCUAAAACUGACACAGCGAAACGGUCCGAUCAAGGAUGAAACCUUGCACUUAACGCAGCUGUUACUAUAUUUACCAACAAUAGGCUCUU